GUGUUUGCCCUCAUGUUUCAUUUCCUAAAUCUGCCGGUGUCCGUUUACACACACACACACACACACACACCCCAGAUGUUUUGAGGCUCUGGCUGGCCCUGGAGAGCCGGAGCGCGUUUGGAGAUGGCGCUGUGCGCAGAGUGCAGGCUGCGAGCGCAGACCGAAAGUUGGCUCUGAACAAGCGCGCGCACACACUUACACACACACACACACACCUCGAACACGGAGUGGAGUUUCUGCUUGGAUUGAUUACACUGCAACAUGCACACACACAUACACACACAGAGGAUUUGUGUGUGUGUGUGUGUGAGAGAGAGAGAGUGUGAGUGUGUGAGUAAAGAUGUGUGUGUGUGUGUGAUGUAAAGGAGAGAACUUUGCUGAAGUUUUUUUUUUUUUUUUUUUUGCCGGAUGUUUUCCCCGAGCGGAGAAUGAACGAGGAGGGCGAGAAGGACGCGCAGACACCGCGCAAGCACCGACUCAUGUCCGCCGCGCUCGCGUCCGCCGCCGGUCCGGGUCGCGUGCCGAACGGCGUCUCGCUCGUGCACUGCUUCAUCUGCGGCAGCGGAGUGACGCCGGGGAAGGAGCUGGAGCUGCGGGUGAAGUACCGGCACGGGAGCGCGCCUUUCUUCCCGUUCCUGCAGGGCCAGGAGCCGGCACCGGGCGCCGCGGAGAUCGACGCCGACGGGAGCGCGCGGGUGUGCGCGGUGUGCCGGUGCUUCCUGUGCGAGCAGUGGAACGCGUUCGAGCGCAGCCGCACGCCGCUCGACAAGCGCGUGUACUGGCUGAAGAGACCGCAUCAGUGCGACGCGCGGCGCGCGCCCCGGGACUGGAACCCCGCCGCGGACACCCGGCCGUCGGUCAGCGGCCACGACUCGGACUUCUCGUCGUUCUCGGAUAACGACCCAGACUCGGACGCCGGAGAACACAGAGUGGAUGUAGAGGAGAAGGUACGUAAGGACGGCGGCGGCGGGAUGAAGCACAGCUCCGAUGCGCAGAGGGCCGCCGAGAGCGCGCGCCCGCCUGUCAUGAUGAGCAAUCACGCGUCCCGGUUCCAGGGGAACCUUCCAGGUCAGAGCCCUCCUGCUGACGACGCGCCCACCUGGAGCUCCAGGCUGCAGGAGCUCCUCUUCAGCCCCGGCGCGCGAGCCAGAGGAUCCGGGCUGUGCGACUCAUCUGACGGCGAUGAGAUUAACGUCACGAGCGACGAGGACGAGAGGAAAAGUCAGGGGAAGCAAGUGGGAUUCCAGACUCAGGACAGGCACGUGUGUUACAUCUGCGGCUGCGCGCUUGUUCCGGGCGUCCGCUUUGAAGUGUGUGUACAGAAGCAGGAGAGAGCUGCCACUGAGCCUUUCUUCCCCUUCCUGUGGCUGCACACGCCUCCGCCCGGCGCUCUGCCGAUAAGCCCAGGGGGCCGCACGCUGGUCUGCGCCAGCUGCCAUGCCUCACUCAUGCAGCAGUGGCAGGGCUUCGAGUUGGCGGACGUACCUGUCCUGCAGCGCCUUUACGUGGUGCCAGUUAACCUAGGUGCCAGGACGACGUCGCCCGAUAUGGACAGCGGCAGGGUUUUCCCUAAAAAAAAUCGCCCCCUAACUUCCAAACAUCCUCCUGGGGAGGCCUGCUAUUUAUGCGGGCAGGACUGCGCCCAAGACGUCAGGGUGGCACAUUCCCGUGCGGGGGUAGGCAAAGCCCGCGGUGCCAUGUACUUUCCCUUCAUCGGCCUGCUUCCGUGCCCACCGAACGCCCAAAGCAUGCGGGAUGGCCGAGUGCAUUGCUGCGCCACCUGUUACACCAUCUUAGAGGACAUCUGGAUGGCAUACCGUCUCUGCCUCAGCGAGGAGCUUAUUACCUCGGUCAGCACCUUCCUCGGGAGAUACCACCAGACCAGUACGGCAGGAGGAGUCUCGAGCAGCUUCGUCAGAGCGCAGGAGAGCGUUCCUGCUUCGCGUCACCACACCUCCGUGUGUUACCUGUGCGGGGCGGAGCUCUCUGCAGGCACAGAGUAUCAGCUUCACGUCAAUCCUCCUGGGAGAUGCGGAGAAAAAGAGCCCUUCUUCCCUUUCCUCACCGUGCACACGCCGGCGCCGCGUGCCCGCCCGGCGGAUGCCACCGGCCUGGUGACCGCUUGUUGCCUGUGCUAUCAUGACCUGCUGGCUCAGUGGGCGCAGCACGAGGCUGCUGGAUCAGGGCCCUCCAGCAGCCCCUGGUCACGUCAAUACAACUGCGAGUCUUUCGUCUGCUUUUUCUGCAGGCAGGAGAAGAGAAGGGCGCUGGGGCUGAGGGCGGUCAAUGUCGCUCGGCUGCCCGUCUUCCUCUACGCCCCGCGGGUCAGCCACACUCUUGUGGUGGAUGAUGGGAAACAGCUCACAAUAGGAUCGUGUGUGGAAUGUAAAUCCAUGGUGCUGGCUGGACAGAACAUGCAGCAGGACGGCAUGGACCGUGGAAGACCAGCAGGGACGAAGCAGAAGAGCUCCCCGGUGGAAGAACAGGCCGGGAGCAGUAAAGAGGACGCUCGACAACAGACUGCGCCGGUGAGGGAGGUUUCCAAGCAUCUCUAUGCUCCAUCUGGAGAACCUGGGGUCACCUUGAUCAGCGAGGACAGAGGUCGAUCACCUUCCAGCAUGAGCCAUGAGCCGAAGUCGCCCUCACUAGGCAUGAUCUCCACGGCGACGCGCACCACGGCGACGGUCAGCCCCCUCACGCCGUCGCCCCUCAACGGCUCCAUCGUGGCCAAUGGCAGCCCGGCGGCUCAGUCCGCUCACUCAGGAUUCGCCGCCGCCCUGCGCAAGCUGGCCAAGCAAGCCGAGGAGCCUCGAGCAGGUUCCUCCAUCAGUAGCGAGUCCUCUCCGGUCUCAUCCCCAGCCACAAACCAGAGCUCUCCAGUGAGCACACCCAAGCGCGGUCCCCUCGGCCCGGUCAUAGUGCCCCCUGGAGGCCACAGCGUGCCCAGCACCCCUCCGGUUGUCACCAUCGCCCCGACCAAAACGGUCAACGGCCUGUGGAGGAGCGAAAGCCGCCCUGUACGAGAGUCAGAGUCGGGCCCUCGCGGUGUCAGCAGAGAGCGUUUGGCGUCUGAGGCUCAGGAAAAGGGCGGCCCCUCCGUCCCCGCCCACCUUAUAGGAAAUCCGUACGCGUUCGGCCUGCCGUCUGGAUCGGUGAUGCACGAUUCACGCUUUCAGUCCUUGAACCUGCCCAGGCAGAUGGCCCAUGGCGUGCCCCCCGGCGGAGUACCAGAGGAGUACCUGCGCGGUUUCCGUCCUUACGCCACGGCCGAAGAUCUGCGCAUGCCCUCGUUGCCUCUGGGGCUGGACCCGGCUACUGCUGCGGCCGCCGCCGCUAACUAUUAUCACCCCAGCUACCUGGUCCACCCGUCGUUCUCCCAUUACAGGAUGGAUGAUCCUUUUUUGUCGGCACUGAGGUCCCCGUUUUAUCCUUUACCUGCAGGGGGCGCCCUGCCCCCACUCCACCCGUCUGCUGUGCCCAUGCACCUCCCAGGGGUGCGUUACCCUGGCGACCUCAGCCAUGCCUCGCUGUCUAGUCUGCAGUCUGCCGAGAGGCUCCAGAUGGAGGAAGAGCUUCGUCAGAGAGAGCGGGAGCGAGAGAGGGAGCGCGAGAGGGAGAAGGAGCGUGAGCGCGAGGCGGAGCGGGAGAAAGAGCGAGAAAGAGAGAGGGAGCGAGAAAGAGAGAGAGAGAAGGAGCUGGAGAGGGAAAGGGAAAGAGAGAGGGAGCGUGAGAGAGAGAGGGAACGGGAGCGUGAGAGAGAGAAGGAGCGAGAGAGGGAAAGGGAGCGGGAGAGAGAGAUAGAGAGGCAGAAGGAGAGAGCGGCGCGAGAGAAGGAGCUACAGGUGUCCAAGGCCAUUGAGGGUCACUACCUGGCCGAGCUCCACGCUCUGAGGGGCCAGGCCGAGGAACGUGCGAAGGCCGCCGAAAGACUCACCCCCAACAGAGCAGAUAAAACCAAAGAGCCCACCCUUCCUGCUCCUAAACCAAUCCAGCCAGGCCUGCACCCUUCACUAGGCUCCUCCCACCACCCGGUGCCCACCCUGAUUUCUGCACACGGCAUGUACCUCGGGCCGGGAGGGGCGGGACCCGGGGCUCUGACGCCAGCCAUGAUCUUGCAGCGCAACAACGAGGAGGAGCGGUGGCUGGCUCGGCAGAGGAAACUACGGCAAGAGAAAGAGGACAGACAGUACCAAGUGUCCGAAUUUCGCCAGCAGGUUCUGGAGCAACAUCUCGACAUCGGCCGGCCAGGAGACGCGCCCGAGCUGCGCAACGAGGGCCAGAGGCCCAUCCCGAACCACCACGAGCCCGGCAGCCGGGAGCGUGAGCGGGAUAUCCACCCCCACCUCGGCGCUCCUCCACCCCUCAUCUCCCCCAAACCCCAGCCCAGAGACCACGCCCCUGCUCCACCCACCACCCUCUGGAACCCCGCCUCGCUCAUAGAGACCACCUCCGAGUCACGGCGGCCUCUCCACGAGCCACAUUCGGGUCCCUACGACAUCAGCCGCCUGGCUCCGCCCCCGACCAAAACCGAGCGUCAUUUCGGCUCGGAAAAGCCCAAAGACGGACACGAGAAAUUUCCGCUCAUCCGGCCUACUGGGUUCUCCGAGCCGAGGCCCUUCCUGGCCGAGCUGGAGAAAUCCACACAGUCUUUUUUGAGCCAGCAGAGGGCGGCGCUGAGUCUGAGCACGCAGUACGGAGAGCUGAGCGGUACUCUGAAGAGCAGUGCGGUCCAUAAGGGCCACCAGGGGCCGCCGACGAGGCCGGGAUGCGAUACCGUGCUUGUGUACGAUGAAUAUCUGCAGCUGCAUCGACGGCCGGUUAGCAAACUUGACCUGGAGGAGAGGAGGAGAAGGGAAGCGAGAGAGAAAGGGUACUACUACGAGCUGGACGACUCGUAUGAUGAGAGCGAUGAAGAGGAGGUGAGAGCUCAUCUCCGCAGAGUAGCCGAGCAGCCGCCACUCAAACUGGACGACUCCAACGAGAAGUUGGAGUUUCUGCGGGUGUUCGGUUUGACCACCGUGUCUCGCCGAGACGAGCUCCUCGAUCGUAAGAGGAGAAAGAGGAGGAGGAUGCUCCGGGAACGAAGCCCCUCCCCUCCGGCCGUGGCCAGCAAGCGCCUGCCUCCUACGCUCAGCACGCGCUUUACUCCUGAGGACAUGGACAGCGCUCCCGAGCUGGAGGCCAAGAAACGCUUCCUCACCAUGUUCAGCCUCAAUCACCUGAGCACGCAGCAGAGGAAAGAGAAUGAGAGAGUGGUGGAGCUGCUGCACUCCAUUAAACAGAAAAGUGUGACUCUAGACACCAUCAGGCAUAAUCCUGUACCGCUGUGUAAGAGCCCGCUGCUCCAUCAGUCUGACUCAUCCUCAUCCCAUUCUCCAGGCCAUUCAGGCGAGUUAGUCAGUGCCAGACCCCCGACUCCUCCCCCUCCAUCCACGGGACCUCCAGUCGAGCCUUCUUCGGCUCCGCCUCCUCAGGAUCACCUCAGACCCGUCUCUGAACCCCUCAGACCGAAGGAUGCUCAGCUCCCUCUGCCGUACGCUGAUAAAACACGGAGCGGCGACGCGAUCCUGAGCAAAAAGCCCCCCAGCCUGCUGAACUGCGUCCGCCCUCCGGCGCACCCUAAAGACGGCGCGUGCAGCCUGAACGGCCGGACCAAGACCUGGGAGACCUUCACAGCUGAGGAGUUUGCACAGCAGUUCCACGAGUCGGUGUUGCAGUCCACUCAGAAAGCGCUGCAGAAGCACAAAGGUGGCGCCUCAGCCAUCUCCGAGCCUAAUCACACCAUAGACUCCACGGUGCACUACAACAUCCCGGAGCUGCAGAGUGGCUCGGGCCGUAGCACACACCCUCCUCACACACACCCCACGCUCCAGCCCAACGGUCUGCACUGCCCACCCGCGGCCCGGCGAGACGCCCCGACACGCCCCGAACUCUCCAGCGACGAAGACUCGGACGAAGUGGAUGAUGAAGACGAGGAAGAGGAAGAGGCUCUGGGGCACAGGUGGAACGGGAUCGAGUCCAUCUUCGAAGCGUAUCAGGAAUAUGUGGAAGAGCAAUCCAUCGAGCGUGAGGUGCUGCACAGUCAGUGCAGGAAGCUGGAAGCCCAACACUACAACCUCAGCCUGACUGCCGAACAGGUCUCUCACACCAUGGGGGAGCUGAUGGCUCAGAAGCAGAAGCUGACGGCCGAGAGGGAGAAGCUGCAGGCCGAGCUGGAGCACUUCAGGAAGUGUCUGAGCGUGCCACAUACGUCCUGGAGCAGGGCUCACUUCAAAGGAUAUCCUCCCAGGUGACAUCACGUGAGAUCACCUGAUCAUCCGAACUCCACCCGCUCCCUCCUCCCACAUUCUUUCUCGUCCCUCGCUUCCCGCACCCAGACUCCGCCCCUGCCCCCACUGAACUUCCUCUGCUCCUCCAUGGCGGAGUUUCGGAGAGAUGGUGCGCGUUAAGAAGGACUGACGUUUGUAAUCGGACAUAAAACGUGCCAUCGAGGGGUAGGACAGGUGCCACGCCCCGCUCCCAAAUAUACCCAUCUGGAUCUCACACACACACACACUUGGACACGGAGGUACAGACAGCGGUCUGCGCCUCACCAGGACGGAUCACGUAGGCAAACCCUACGGUGGUCAUGUGACUCCCCCAAACGUUGCACCAUCUCUGAGAUGUGAGGAGCUUUCAACUGGAAAUGCACUUAAAGAGACAAAACCAGAAGAAACUACCUGGAGGUACUGUGUUACAACAAGGAACUCCUUUUGAAACUUCAAAAGAAAAGAAAAAAAAAAAACAAUUUAAGUGAAAUAAAAUGCUCACUUUGUUGUGGUGCAAAAAAACGGACAAAAAAAACAAAACAAAAUUAAUAAAUAAAUAAAGUUUUAUUCAAGGAAAAAAAAUUUCUAAAGAGGUGCUUCAGCCUUGUAUUGUAAAUACUGAAAUGAAACGGAAAGGAAAUUUUUGUAUGUUUUUAUUACUUACAUUAACUGUUCUUUGAAGAAGAAGCAAAGAAAAAAGAAAAAAAAUUAAAAAGCCUGCCAUUUUUAGAAAGAAAAAAAAUAUGCACAUGCUUUUUAGGGCGUUCAGUUGGAGCCUAGCUUUUAGUGUUUGUAGCGCUGCUGGUCAGGAUCAAGGACAGAGGAAGAGCUCGCCGUGUACGUACACCUGUGUGUGUGUGUGCAAGUGUGUGAGUGAGUGUGUGUGUGUGUGAGUGAGUGUGUAGCCUACCACAGUAGCAUCCGUCCCCAAAGGCAGCACCGGGUCCAAAGAAGAGCAGAACGUCACCUCUUUCUCUCUUUCUCUCACAGACACACACACACACACACACACACACACACGCACACACAAGCUCCCUGCACUCUGGUCUACUUACUACCAUAGGCUCAUUCACGUUUUUUUCCCCCUAAUGUUCAUCACAUUCUUCUCAUCCAGUCUCCGUGUGAGGGAUGUCCGAGUCCUGUGCCAAAGUUUCCCCAGAGAACCACAGAUCAGAACCCGAGCCGCACGCCCAGUACAGGUUAUUCAAACGCAGUGUCAAACGGUCCAAAAUUCACCUGACAUGAAACACGAUCACAUUGGGGGUACGCAAUGCAGCAUCUCAGGUUAAAAAUGACGACUUUAAACACACAAACAUUUUAUAAGUACACGCAAAAGGGUUUGAAGUUUUUAUUACAGCGGAACCUCGGGAUAAAAAAGUGAUUUGUUUCAAAUCUAAACAAAUUUUCGCAUAAAAAAUAACUUAGAUGUGCAGGUAAUCUGUUCCCGGGCACUCAAAAAUAUUAGCAUUAUUACAAAAAAAAAUGCAUGAAAAGAAAUAAUAAUUUUAAAUUAUUUGUAAACUCUUUUCGCUUGGCUUUCCACUGUUCAUAUGCCAAACAAUUCUUGCAAAAAUGUCAUUCUUAAGGUAAAAAUUCAUAAGAGGGGGCAUUCCUUUGCCCAGGUUCUGCUGUGUUUCGUUUCAACUCCAUCAUGGACCUUCAACAAUUUUUUUUAUUGUUUAAUUAAUAGUUUUGCAUUUCUAGAGAACUAAGGAACAUCUGUUUGACUUUAUUCCUGAUUAACAGUUGUGCCAGAGUCUAUAAAUACGCACGAUAUGCAAUUAAAUAAUAACAAAUAACACCCUUGUGCCAUCCCUGAUCGCUAGCUGGCUAGAGAACUAUUGUUAAAAAUAUUACCAUGGUUAAUAUUACGUCUUCAUUCUUUUGCAUAAUGAACAAUGAUGGCUGCAAAGAAAUGUCUGGUAGUGAUGUCACAAUCAUUGCUCCACCCACAGACAUUUUCUAUAGACAAACCUAAUUUAUACAUCACUUUUAAGCAUCACUGAAACAUAUCGUCUCGCUCGAAUGGUUCACUGAUUCGUCGCCAACGUCUGUUUUUAUGUUCUCGUCCUGUCAGCAGCAAAUCCCCGAAUCGCCAUGCUUCGUUGUAAAACUCUUAUUAAAUCGGGUUCGUCUCGUCACAGGUUCAUAAGUGCUCAGGCUCACAGGAUGGACAGUUCCAUGUUUACAGACCCCAGGCUGGCCCUAACGAGCAUCCAUCAUGUGCACGUCUGUGUUUAUAUAUAUACAUAUAUAUGUGUGUGUGUGUGUGUGUGAGAGAGCACUACCACUGCCUGUCCAGGAGCAGGGACACGCCCACUCAUUCACUCUCUCUCUUCCUGUGUCUCGCCCAAGUAGCGCACGCACACGCAGUAGCCGCCCUCGUCUCGCCCGAACCCAAUGGAGGAUGUCUAGAUGCUGUGAAAUCAUGUUUUUAAGAAAGAAAAAAAAAUGUACUUGUUUGAAUUCAAUGUAAUGUAAUAUAUUCUUUGUUGAAUGUAGUAAUUAGGUAUUUAUGAAUAUAUUGCUGUAAUUUCAGACAAAAAAAAUAAAAUGCUUCAGAACACAA